AUUGUGCUGUGAAGGGGGGUGUGUGUGUGUCAGUGCUGCUCAAAUAUUUUCCCCAUCAUAUCAGUUGCCUCUUUAUUAGUGUCAGCGUGAUAGUGUUGGCUAACCAUACAUAUCCAACUCAGGGUCAGUGGGGUGUAGUGUUAGUGAGUGACUGGUAGAGAGGUUGUUCUCAAGCUCCUGGGAUACUACAACAUUUUGCAUCUUGGUGAAUUACAGCCCAGUGGAACCCACGUGUACAGAUAAUGGCGAGGUGAAGUUAGGCGACGGUGGACGGAGCCCACACUCCCGUACCCACACUCCUCGACGUGCGCCCCAACACGCAUGAAGAAAUCUCGGGGUAUCAGUUCCACUAUGAGUUACUUCAGCGACGCCCGACGCUACCCAGAGGACGAAUUGCGCUCCCAACAUUCGUACUUCAACAACAGCAGCAGCAACAACAGCAGCAGCAGCCGCCGUACCCUCCUCGGUACAACUACCCUCCAGAAUAUCACAACUAUCCCACUGCUACUAGGGACUAUCCGAUGCGCGGGGCCAACAGAGACUAUCAGAGCACUAGAGACUUCCAAAGCAGAUCCAGGGAAUACCUCAAUGGACCCGUGGACUAUCCAACAGGUGGUGGGGACUAUCAGAGCGGUCCAUUGGGGUAUCAGAACGGUCCCAGGGACUACCAGAACGGUCCCAGGGAUUACCAGAACUGUCCCAGGGACUACCAGAACGGUCCUAGGGACUACCAGAGUGGUCCUAGGGACUACCAUAGUUUAGGAAAGGACUAUCAACACGACCCGCCCCCCUACCACAGUGGAUUGGUAGAUAGUAGCCAGAACAGCCCCAGAGGAGUGAACACCGGACCCAGAGACUACCAGAGUGGGGCUAGGGAUUACCCUGACGGUGCUAGGGACUACGACGGUGCUAGAGACUACCCCGACGGUGCUAGAGACUAUCAGGAUGGUGCUAGAGACUACUCGACAGGGCCACGGGACUACCAUCGGAGCGACCGGGAGUUCACUGGUCAGCAGCGGUACGGCACCAGUCCCCGACACCGCUACCGCAACGCCGAGGACUACCACUAUGACUACCGGGGAGGCUACCGGCCUUCCGUGGACUCGGACCCCCGCGAUGGCUACACCACAGACGGUAGCGGCUCCGGCUACCGGGAAGGGAGCGUACGGGGCUACGAGAACUACCGGUACCCGGAGAGCGAGGCUCUUCUCCCGAGAGACCGGCUCCAGUAUCCCUUCUCUCACCAGGCCAACGGAACCACUUACACUAAAGCUGUCUUAAGGAAGAUUAAAGGUGAAGGAGCGGGGGAGAAGGAGCUCUUCCUGGGAGGUGUAGAGCCUGUACGUCUAACACCGUCGUGGGAGAACACUAACCUGCCCAAGGAAGAACUCAACUUCAAGAAUGUCAACACCUUUGAGACCUUUGAGGUGGACAUGGAGCCGCCCAAGGACAGGUACAAGCUGGUGUUCCUGACGCUGGUGCUGCACGGUGUGGGCACCCUCAUGCCAUGGAACAUGUUCAUCACAGCUAAAAAUUAUUUUGUGGACUACAAACUUCAAACAAGUGACGAUGAAGUGUCAACGUACGUAACCAAUUUUCUGCCUUAUAUAGGCUAUGCAUCUCAAAUACCAAAUGUACUCUUCAACUGGCUCAACAUCUUUAUCCAGUUUGGAGGCAACUUAACAACGAGAAUUGUAUGGAGUAUCUUGAUUGAAGUGGUCGUGUUCGUGUUCACUGUGAUCUUAGCCAUGAUUGACUCGACGGAUUGGCCGGGUGUCUUCUUCUGGAUAACUAUUUCUUCAGUUGUCAUCCUUAAUAUUGCUAAUGGCAUCUACCAAAAUACAGUAUAUGGCAUGGCAGCAAGGCUUCCCUUCUCAUACACGGGCGCUGUGGUUCUAGGCUCCAACAUCAGUGGAACAUUUACUGCUGUGAUUAAUAUUAUUGCUAUAGCCAUGGCACCAAACAUCAGAACCUCAGCCAUCUAUUAUUUCAUCACAGCACUGUUUGUGCUCCUAGCAUGCUUUGACACUUACUUUGCUCUACCUCUUAAUCGCUUUUUCAGGUAUCAUGAGGCACUCUAUGAAAGAGCCCAAAAAGCGGCAAAGAGAGAUCCCAGCAAACCCAAAGUACCUUAUUGGCAAAUCUUCAGAAAAGCAUCACCUCAGCUUUUCAAUGUUUUCAUGGUCUUUUUUGUCACACUUGCUGUCUUCCCAGCUGUAAUUGCAGAUACUUGUAGAACUGAAGAAAACUUCCCAGUGCCACCAAAAUAUUUCCAGGCUAUAACCUGCUUCCUUACAUUCAAUAUCUUUGCCAUGCUUGGAAAUAUGCUUCCAGGACUCUUUACCUGGCCUAGCCCAAGAUUCCUCUGUAUUCCUGUACUUCUGAGACUCUUCCUUAUCCCAGCAUUUGUAUUGUGCCACUUUUAUCCAGUUAAUGUGGACAGGAUUAUGCCAGUCCUUAUAGACUCAGAUUGGGCAUACUGGGUAUUGACUGCCAUUUUGGGCAUAACCUCAGGUUACUACUCUUCCUUGGCAAUGAUGUACUGCCCAAGGACUGUGCAGCCCGAACAUGCUCCUGUUGCAGGCAUGAUGGGAGCUGCAUCCCUCAUUACUGGAAUCUUCACCGGCAUAGUUUUCCAGAUUGUGUGUACUUGGGCAGUGACAAACAUUUCCUUUGAAAUUCCUGGAUAUCACUUUCCUAUGCGGAACUGUACGAAUCGGGUUAGCUAGAAAAUGGAAUUAAAAUAUUUUGUGAUGUUUUAAUUAAGUUAGUUUGAUUUGCGAGUGUUGAUUUCAAGCCUUACUCUAGUGUUAUAGAAAUGUUUCUCAGAGACUAAGGGAAAGAUUCUAAGCAAGCUGUGUAAGGCUUCAAAUUACUGAUAUCAUGCUAAUAACACAGGUGACUGUUUGUUAGUUAGUCUUUCAAAGAUGUUAGGGAGACUUUUUUUUUCAUUUCAGAAGACUCAAGUCACAGUUAAGAUAACUUAGGAAGGCUUGUAUACAGAUCUUUUGAUAUUUGACUGCACAGUAAUGGGUCCACUGUAUGUAUAUUAGAAAGAUCUCUCAAGUCAUCAUGCUCAAAAGAACCCAUCAGAGCACCGUGUUCCUUGAUCAACAUAAUAAGUGUAAGCACCCUUGUUUCAUUUUUACUGAGCUCCUGAAGGCAUGAACGGGUCAAUUUGUAUAGUUCCAACUUGACAGUAAAGACGGUGACUUUUUAAGUGCUUAUAUAAUAAAAGGAGAUGUAAAAUUAAUCAGAUUCGUAGUCAGGGUAAUUUUUUACACUAAUAUUUUGGAUAUUGUUUUUUUUUAUCUGUAGUUAGUUAAUUUCAAGGCUGAGAUGAUAUGAAUGAACUUCUUUUUUAGAUUUUAAUAGAUAAACAAUUUUUACUUUGUAAAUAUAAAUAUUUUCAAUAUUUGGAUGACUGUUUUAGACAUUAUUUUUUAAUGUACUGAUAGCAGUAUGUACAGCAUCUAAGCCUCACAGAGCAAUUAUGAAGACUAAGUUUAGAAUGUUAAUUUGCAACCAAAACUGUUUAUUGUAUCUUGUUAUAAUGACUGUUAAUAUAAAUUAUGUAACACUAACAUAUGAAGUACUGCAAUGUCUCAUCAUUUGCUUUAUACAGUAUAUAUAUACAGGUAAGUAUUUGUAAAAUUGACAAAUUUAUGACUUUUGGAAAAUAUGUCAAGCAAAAGAAAAUAAUUUUGGUGAAGUGUCUCAGUACCUUUACGAAGCAGAUGACCUUAUCGUGCAAGGCUCACCUUUAUCAUAUCACAGUAUUUAUAUGGCCACUUCUUUAUCCCACUUUAGAAUUACCCACAUACACAAAAAAAUAAUUACACUUGUGUAUACACUUGUACACACAUGGGUCAGGGGAUGAUACUCCGACCUCUGCAACCAUAAGUAGAAUACACACACAUACAUGGAAUAAAAGAUAUUCUGGGUUAUAGAUGGUAAACAAAAAUAGGCACUUUACCAGCAAUGGCACAGGAGUCUGAGGGCAUGGUUGAAAAUUACACACACAAAUGAGCAGUGGGGCUGUCAGAAAUUAUUUCACCAGAGGAGUGAUGAAGAAGAGGAAUGAAUCAUUCAAUAACAGUGCAAAUUUAAUACAGGGAUGUAAAAACUGAUACAGCGCUACAAAGACAUCUCAUGUGGCUGUCAAAAUUGAGAGGCAGUGAUACAAAUACUGGGAAGAGUGGUACAAAGAGUAUAUAGAACGAAGGCAAAAUUUCUUAUCAUGAGUUAUUAGAUUCACAAUGAAAUUGGGAGAAUUGGGAUGACAUAAACAGUCAGAAACAGAAAUUGGAAAGUUUCAUGAGCCAACAUUGUUAAAGAUAUCACAAGGAUGCUACAAAUGGACAAAUAGCAAGACUUGACUCAGACUUCCCUCUAAGGAAAGUGGAAGUAAAGAAAAUUUAUGAGGAACUUCUACAAGCCAGUGACCACAGGGAUGAGAGAGUUGUGAAUGGAGUAUAGUGGGAAUGAGAAUUGGAAGGUAAGGCAGUACAUAAGGUGGUGGUGAGGUUACUGAAGAUGUGCAAGUUAGCUGCAGUAAAAUUUAUAUCAGCAAGGAGAAGGAGAAUACAAAGCAAGAGAACCUAUGUUUAAAAACAGUUUAGUGAGCCUAAAAGUAAAAGGGCAUGGAAGAUGCACAUAAUGAAAAACUAAACAGAGAGCUGGGAAAAGCUAUGUAAGGAUUAGAAGGGAAGCAGGAAAAUAUUAUAGAUAAGGCCAUAACAGAACCAAAGAUGAUCCACAGCCAUAUAAGAUGGAAGAUGAUAGCAAAGAGACCAGUAAUAACACUGGAUGAGGAGGAAAGUAAACAGACAGUGGAGGCAAGUAAGUACACUAAUUGCAGAACUGAAGAGAAGAUUCAAGUACCGGUUGGUCUGCCAAGGAGUCGGGGACACCCAAAGAGGGACAGAAAGGGAGAGUCUACAAAGACUAUUCAAAAAUAGAACAAUAUAGGAAGAAAUUGGAAAGUUGAUAAGAAAGUCAAAUAUGUACAGUACAGCCUCUCCUUACUCGUUUGCCAACGCCUUGGACUUACGAUGGGCUCUCUGACCAGUAUGCAUACCUAUAUGAUGUAUAUUAGAGCUGAUUUCUUCUAUUCUUUAUUAUAUUAUUCAGUAUACUACUGUAUAAACAUUUAAAAAUAUACCAGAAAUGUUAUAAAUGGUGCAAAGGUGACAUUAAAAUAAUAUCAAAGAUAGAUGAUACAAGCCCACUACCAUUGGAGUAUGCUCCUCACUUAGCGCUGAAUUUGUUUACCAUUGUUGUUUUAGGAAUGGAACUCCAUCAUUAAGUGAGGAGAGGCUGCACUAUGAAAGCAGCAGGAUCAGAAUUACCAAUUGUGAGAAAAAGCGCAGGAACUGUGCAAUCCCAUUUGAAGUUUUAAACAAGUAAAUGGAAAGUGAAAAAGCUGCUAAUGUGAUCUUAAUAUACACAAAAAAAGGAAAAUGGAAAAAGUAGAUAACUUUCACUGACUGGUAUACUGGCUAUGAUUACAGAAAAAGUAAUAUAAAAGAAUGUUAGAGCAUCUGCAAGGGAUUAGAGAUUGUAAAUUCUGUCUUUCGAAUCUCUUGCUUCUAAUACAGAAUAAUGGAAAGAAGUAGGAAAGACAGGAAGAAAGUGACAACAUAUUCAGAGACUGUGUGAAAGUAUUUGAUGCAAUACCACACUUGAGGCUGAUACAAGAAUUGGAAAAGCAGGAGAGAGUAAUGGGAAAAAUGCUAAAGUGAAUACAGAAAUAUCUGCAGAAUAAAAAACAGAGUAGGUAUCAUUGGGGGCAAAGGUAACUAGUGGAAUACUCAAAGGAUCAGUGGUUGAAACCCUGCUGGUGGAAACUGAAUACAACAUAUAUGCUAUAUUUGUUUCCUGAUAAUCGAAGAUUAAUUGAGAAAGGUAGCACCCAGAAAGGAUAGGGAAUUAUUUAAAGAUUACUUACACAACCUGGAAGUAUGUUUGGGAAAGGCUAAAGAAUUCACUCCUGACAAAUGCAAGAUAAUGAAAAUGAGGAAGAGAGGAAAGCCAGAUAUGGAAUAUGACCUGGAAGAGAGAUAUUACAAACACUGUACAAGGAGAAAGAUCUGGGAAUAAGCAUUACACUAAGCAUAUCACCAGAAGUACAUAUCAAUCAUGCAAAAUUAGCUAACCUAGGAACUUAUUCUUUUUUUAAGGACCCUUGACAGAAUUAUUUUGGACAGUAUACUUCGUAUAUAAGGCCUGUCUUUUAAAGUGUGCAGUGAAGGCAUGGAGGGUGCAUCUGAUCAAGCACCAAAAGUCUGCAAUGAGAGUAGUGCUAAAACUGAGGGUAAUGGACUACAAAGAGGGACUAAAUCCAGUGGUCCUAGAAAAGAGUACCAGGAGAACAUGCUCUUGACAACAAGUAUCCAGGGCACUUGGUGUGGAUAUGGAAAGGAUGUCUGAGAUGCGAAGAGAUACAGCCAAGGAAUGAAGAUGCCAACUAAGACAAAGAUAAGCCUCAGUGUCUUUAAUAAGUACAAUACAUUUUCAUCCUCAUUAUGGUAGAGACAAGCACCAUAUACAGUUUCAAGAGUAGGUAUGAUUGGGCCCUGGAGGUCAAGAAAUCGGUGAAUACACUUGAUAGAAUUUAAGAGGCACGGCCAAGAAUUAUGAAUCGACCCCUGCAAACACAACUAGGCAAGUACAAUUACAGUAGGCGAGUACACACCCAAGUAUACUUAUUUUUCUUAAAUUAUUUUUCAUUGUUCUUAUUAAAUCAUAAAAUGAGUGUGUAAAUACAUACUGUACAGUAGUUUUAUUUACCAGUUUAAAGUUACAGGACUAGACCUAUGUUUUUGUUGUCCUGUGUUCUUUGUUUAAUAUGUCAUAUGCAGUAAUUUCUUGAAUAUUCCAUUGUUUUUAGUAUUUAUUAUGUUUUGAAUCCCAUUCCAGUAGUCUACUUCAAUUUGAUAAUAGUAAGUGUACUGUGACUCAUAAAUAGUUUCCUUAAUAUAUUAUAAAAUCAUUCAUUUAUCUUGCCCAUUUUCUUCUUCAUAUUUUUAAUAUUUUUAAUAUGCAUUUACUAUUAAAAAGAGUUUUAUAUUUUUGUUUUGGAUUUCCAUCACCAUUUCUUUUUUUAAUUCACUGCUGUAGUUUCUUUUACUAAUAUUUACAAUCCUCCUCAUUUCUUAAAUAUGUCUUAAGGUUUUCUAGCUUGGUUUUGUCUAGAUUCACCAUGUCAUAUUUCUUAUUUAUGUCCAUUACUUCUUAGAAUUUUUGAGAUACGUACUUCAUUUAUACAAUAUUUGUAUAUACAGUACUGUAAAAUUUCUAGAAAUUUGCCCGAAUAAAUAAUCUGAUGCAUAGAAAAGAAUUAAUUUUAGCCUUACUUCUUGUGUCAUUUACCCUGUUAGUAGUUACCAUAUAGUCCUUCACAUAUAUACUUUCCUCCUUUAAUAGGUCUUUGAAUGUAGCCUUACUGUUUUGGUAUGUACUUGCCUUUUUGUUGUAAUUCAUCCUUAUACUUGACCAGUGUUGCUUGUUCAUAUCCUCAUCAUGCUUGUCAGUUUUUCUCUGUCUUGCUACUUGUCUUUUAUUGUUGGAAUCAUCUAAGCAUUUUGUCAUCUCACUCAUUUCAUGUUUAUCUCUCUCUGUUCUCAAUAUACUGUAUUUCUGAGAGAACAUAUGAAAAAAAACAUGGUUACUUUGUCUUCAUUGAUUAUGUUCUUUCAUAGCUCGUGACUGUUUGCUAUUGUCUUUGUUAACCAUUGCCUUUGUUAACUAUCUUGGCUGUUCAUCUUCAUGUUUUCUAAAGUUUUCACUCUGACUACACAUAACUUGACUACACUCACACACUCUCACUUUCAUAUGUACAUUUUGUGAAUGUAUAAUAAUUUAAGAAAAACCAAUGUACUUGGGUGUCCAGAUUAUUUUCUUUUGAAUGCUUAAAUAUAUAUAUUAUUUAAAUAGGAAUUUGAUAAAAAUCAAUUGAUAUAUAUGUAUAUAUAUAUAUAUACAGGUAUAUAUAUACACAGUAGUUAAUGAUAGUUUCUGGUAUAAAUGAUGUGUAAAUAAUUAGGUUAGUUUUGUGGAUUGUGAGAAAAGUUACUAUGACAUUUCAUUAGAUAAAUUAACAUUUUGCUACUGUACAGUAUGUGAAAAUUUAAAUAGCUACUUAAAGCCAAUUUUGGUAUCAUUUUAUAAAUUAUUUAUGAACAUUUUUUUAGCUUUGUGCAUAUCCUGGGCAUUGACUAAAAAUGAUCCGGGACAAACCGAAACAUUGUCGUCAUCAUCUAGUUUCCAUUUUCCAAUUUGUGGGUUAGUUGUGAACUAGCAAUUUCAGCAAAUGUUACACUAAAUAAAUUUAAUUUUAUAUUACAGUUUAGUAGUAAACUGAACUUUGCAAGACCCCAACUAUAGGACCUCAAAUGAAAAUGCUACAGUUGUAAUUUUUAUGGUGUCGUUCUUGGUAUUAAUUCUUAAAAAUUCAAUUAUGUAUUGGCCUAUAUUUGAUUUGGUUUAAGCCUUUGCAUUUUUAUAUAAAAAAUUUAAGCAACUUUUCAUUUACUGAAAUUCUUGUUAAAAACACAAUAAUUUUUGCUAUUGUAUUAAUAAACAGUGACAGAUACAUUGCAAGAAAUUCAUAAAAUUUUAUUAUAAUAUGUAAAUGUAAUUCAAACUUAGAAGGAAUCAUUUUGUGCAAAUCAUUUAAAUAAUAGUUCUAUUAGGAUUUGCGGUGCAACCUGUAAAACUCAUGUGAGCAGAGUAUUUACUUAAUUACAAUAUAUAUCUUAACUGAACUGUUUUGCAUCACUUACUGAGCUUUUAUGCCAUUUUGCCGAUAGCUUCUGUGCCCCUAGAAUCUUUUUUACUCUUGUUUAGCUCGCUGUGUUUUAAUUGUUGCCAUUUCUUUCCUCAGUAACAGCUUGCCUCACAUGAGUCAGAUUGCCCACAGUCCCUGCUAUGGGAAGGUCGUUACUUUCGUCAUUUGUGUUUGCCUUUUGCUUUAAUAUUUUAGUUGCCAUUUUUAGUUUUCGAAGUCCACUAAGUGAUGCCUUGAGUAGUGCAAAGAUUAAAACCGCUCAAGUUUAAGUAAGGCAGUGACUACAUGACCGACGAGUAUGUACAGUGUGUGCCCGUAGCACCUCUAAUGUACUACAGGGUACCUUAUAUUGCCAAAUUAUUAUUGUUUAUACAAUUAGUUUAUACAUGCAGUUGAAAUCAUUAGGUGUUUCUGCAUGCCCAUUAAUCAGUAAUGAAAAUUGUUCACUCAAAUAUAAUGCCUAUUUUAUACAUCUGUAAUGUCAGUGAGCUAAUGAAUUUUCCUGUAACUAUAUAGUAAGUCAUAUUGAUGAAGUGACUGUAUAUUACAGCUUGUUUAUUGAGUAUUAACGACAAAAAGCAAGUAAUGGGAAGGGUCCACAAAUAUAUACUUCAGUGUAUGUUCCAUUUCUAAGUCAUGUACAGUAUAGGAAAAUAUGUUUGAAUAUUUAUGACUUUGUUGUGCCUGUGUGCUACAAGAUCUGGUUCACAAGAUCAAACUUCUACUGGUUGUCUGUCUGUCACUUGUAAGCAGUGUGUAUUACUGCUGCAGAGUAUGCUUGAAAAGUAACUAAAAAAAAAAGAUAUUAAUUACUGUACAAUAUGUACACAAAUACAAAAGUCCAUUCCUAGUAGUCUUAGGAAAAUUGAAUAGGACUUUUAUUAUUUAUUGGUUUUAAUAGUUAUUUUUAUAUGAUUCUGACUUUGUAUCCUGAAGUCUGUACAAAAUAGCAAUGACUUGGAAAUAGAUUUUGAUUUAAUGGAGCAGAGUACAAUCUGUAAGAAUCUGCAAAAUAAAUUGUUCCUUGUUAA